AUGUCCACCGCGACGACCAACAACACGACAUCCGCAUCCCCUCGCGGGGAGGGAGGAGGAGGCGGGAGAGGAGGGGGAGGCACGCUACUGGUUCGCCGACCACCGCCCAACCUAGCCUCGGGACAGAUCACGCACAUCUCGACGCCCGCCCCCUCCUCCAUCUCCCACACCCUCGCACUGGCGCAAUGGCAAGCUUACAUCUCCCUCUUCGCCACCGCCACGCCGCCGUGGCAGAUCAUCGAGGUUCCACCCGCGCCCACAUGCGCCGAUAGCGUCUUUGUCGAAGAUAUCCUCGUCUCGCUGCCGCGCGGUACCAUCCUCGUCACCUCGCCCGGUGCCGAGUCACGUCGACCCGAACUCGACGGCAUCGAAGAGUUUCUCCGGGCCCAUCUUGGAGGGGACGUGAAGAGGGUGGUGAGGAUAGAGGGUGAGGCGAGGCUCGACGGCGGUGAUCUACUCAAGGUCGGCCGCACCGUGUAUGUCGGGAGGAGCAGUAGGACCAAUGACCUCGGUCGCGCGCAGCUCCGCGCUCUUUUAAAGGAACUCGAUAUGGAUCUGGUCGAGGUACCCGUUACAAAGGCCCUCCAUCUCAAGAGCGCCGUCACCGCACUGCCGGAUGGGACCGUGAUCGGGUACGAACCCAUCGUCGACGAUCCCUCCAUCUUUCCUUCGUUCCUAGCCGUACCAGAGGAACACGGCGUGGCCGUCGUCGUGUUGUCGCCCUCGCACCUCGUCAUGUCGUCAGACGCGCCAAGGACGACCCAGAUACUCCGGCAGCGCGGCUACCGCGUCGAGACCGUCGACAUCUCCCAGUUCGAGGCACUCGAGGGCUGCGUCACCUGCCUCUCGGUCCGCAUCCGGACCUAG